AUGAAGCUAAUGCUUUACUAUCUUGCAAUUUGUAAUUUGGGGCAGCUGGAAAAGUCGUACAUACGCAACAAACAUUCGAUUCAUUUCCAGUUAUUUAAAAAUACCACACGAACCAAAUUGGACAAGGCGCUCAUGGAUGCUAAAAAAAUGGGUAUUUCGUCGGUAGUGCAGUUGAUUGAUAAUCAGAACGAGAAUCCGCGUGUCAGGGUACGUUGUGGUGGAUUUUUUGUUGCUUCAUAUUUGGAACCCCCGCUGUCACAACUGGCAAAUGUGCUUCUAAACGGAUCUCUAACCAAACUGGAUAAUUUUAUGUACCACGUAGCGGUUACACCAAUUUCUACCCGGUUCUUUGUUCAGAAUGGCAACGUCGUCGGGUUCGAGGUAGACAUUUGUCGAUUGAUAAUUGCUCAACAGAAAGCGUACGCUCAGUUUCACUUUACGAAAACAUCCGAGAUAGGUAAAGUGCUGCAACUGUUAUAUUAUGGGCAAAUUGAUCUAUUUUUGAACAUUCUGCAAACUAAGCAACAUUACAGCUUUGUACGAGCAGUUUGGCAGCAGCACCGUGCAUACUGCAUUACACUGCCGAAGAAGAUGGAACGGAUGCACCUGGAAUUGCUGCUGCAUCCGUUCGAGUGGCAAAUUUGGGUGGUUUUCAUCAGUGUUUUGUUGUUAUUGCAGCUGAUAAAUCUAAUCUUUCCCACGAAAUUUAAUCAUAAUCUUAUCAUGAUUUGUUUCUUUGGGAGCGGGCCAUCAGAGCACGUACUGCCAUCAACCGCACGGUUGAUGGUUUGCGCUGUAUGUAUAAUUAUGUUUUUGCUAACGGAAACUUAUCAAGCCAUUCUACUGUCGUUGAUAGCAACCGACUCACAUAUGAAGAAUCCUGCAACUGUUGAGGAAUUCCUGGAAAGUAAUAUGACGCUUUAUGCAAUUAAAGGGUCAAUGUACAUGAUACCAGAGAAACUGCUUCCCGUUACGCAUGUCGUGCCGACUUCAAUGACAAUUUACUCGAUGUUCGUUCACGCCACCGUGCAACCCUGUUCUGAUGCUUUAUUCUGGAACACCAACCCAUUGAAGUUGAAUCUUCCUGUAAGGGAAGAGCUAAUUAGCAUACAGCCUCCAAUAUUUUACUCUCCGCACUAUGUUACAUUUAAUCAUCUGAGUCCUUUAGCGCAUGGAUACCAAACGUAUAUGGAUCGAUUGUUUGAGGUUGGUAUUUAUCAUCACUUGCAAAGCAAAUGGUAUCCAAAAAAGAUUUUUGAUGAGAAAGAAGUUACAUUUAAUGAUUCCAUAGUUUUGGCCGAUGAUUUGAUCCCUGUGUGGGAGUUGCUGGGAUUUGGUUUACUUUUUAGUUCGUUGAUAUUUGUGUGUGAGUGGUCAUUAUUCUAUAUCAGAUUUCGUUGGGUUAGGUAA